AUGGGGGUGGCUGCUGACGGGAUCGCCCAAGAGGGGGCAACGGCGGGGACUUCUCUGGACCCCGGACGCGGGCUCUCCCUGCCGCGGGGGAGCGGGACCCCUGCGGAGUCUCAGGACAAGCUCUUCCUAAUCAAAGGUGGAAUUUUUCUAGGCACUGUUGCUACAGCAGGAAUGAUAGCAGGUUUUGGCACCACACUUGCCAUGACCAAAAAGAAGAACCCAGACUGGUUCAGUAAGGGAAUUACUGCCACAGCUGCAUUACCAGAGAGUGGUUCGUCACUGGCCCUACGAGCCCUAGGAUGGGGCUCACUCUACGCAUGGUGUGGAGUUGGAUUGCUCAGUUUUGCCAUCUGGAAGGCUCUGGGUGUGCACAGUAUGAAAGAAUUCCAAAUGAAAAUGCAGUCAUUAUUUCCAUCAAUUCCUAAAAAUAAUGAGUCCACUGUUGAAUGGGAAGACUUACUUAAAUCCAAGUGAAAGACUCAGAGCCAUUUGGAGAAGUCUCAGCAAGAACAGGAGCAGAAGUGCAAAUGUCCCACCAGAAAAACAGAAGAAAACUCAGACUGAUCAGGUUACUGACUGCAUUCACUGAACCUGAGGAUGACAGUUAACAUCUAUCAGCAAGGGAAUUCAAACCAAAACAAAGCAAAAUAAUUUAUAUUUUACUUUAAAGCAUGUUUGGAAUAGUUGAUUUGUGAGAAGUGAGCCCUCUGAGAUGAAGUUGGAUCCAGCUUGAAAAAAGACACUCUUAUGAAGACUUAAAGAAGAAACUGAUUUUCAGUAGUAAAUAUAAGGACAAACCCCCAGUAAACUCUCAUCCCAUCCUGUGUUUUAAGAGGAAUCUUAGGAAAUGUCUCUGGGAAACAAAGAAAUGGGACUUUCAGUGAUGUUCACGUGUUCCAUUAGCGAUUGAGUCAAUUACAAAAGAUCUGUUACUGAGCCUGAAGGUAAAGCAUACAGUGCACCCUUCUGAAAAUAAAGGAGAUAUUUAAAUUUGCAGCAAAGUAUCUAAACCUAACUAUUUUUGUAUAUGUGAAGGGCAAGUUUAAAACAUACAGUGUGCAAGUACUGACCUGCUGAGCUCCUCUUUAGUGCAUCAGAAGAGAUCCUUAAAAAGUGUGCUGUUUCUCAGUGUUAGCUUUUUUUAUUGGGUCCUACAACAGUGACUCUGACAGUUUUCAUAGAAGUCUCUACUAUAUUUGUAUAACAAUGUAAGUUGUAAAUUAAAAGAGUAUAAAACAGUGAGAGACCCAGUCUGUCUUACACAGAUAUUUUCAGCUAAGAAAGUAUAUGUGCAGGGCUAGGGUUUUUUAUACUUUUUACAUUUCAAUGAUUCCAGUGGGUCUUCUACCAGAAGAAGCAAUGUGACAUUUUACACGUUGCAGUAAUCUCAGGAUGUGUGGGUGUAAACUAGGAAGAAUAAUGACUUAUUCCACCAUUGUAUUUGCAGAGCUGUAGACCUGUAAAAAUGCAGAAAUUUAAAAAAAAAUCAUAUCAGUGAACAAUCCUUUGUUGAAUGCUCAAUUUUCAGAGUUUUUUAUUAAUUGCACACAGUCCAAUUAGUCAGUUGUCAGAUUUAAUAAAGUCCUCUUAAAACCUGUCUUUUGUGAUUAAGUCUUUAUAUUCCUAGGAAAGAACGUGAAAAAAAAAAAAAAAGCUUUAAAUGUCAGCCGAAUAAUAGAGAAGUAUGGUUUUCUCAUGAAACAUGACAGUGCUAAAAUAGUAUCUUUAAGGCAAUUGAAGUGUAACAGUUGACACCUUUUCCAUAGCUUGAUGCUUGUAAUCCAGUGUUAAAUAAAUUGUGGUGAAUACUGCCAUCAUAUGCGCAUGAAAAAUGGUAGUAUUUUCGUAUUUCUCUUAGUUCGUGUGCAU